AUGGCUCUUGAUGAUCAGAAGCAAAGCAAGAAUCUGAUCAAGGAGCUCCAAAAGCCUUGCGCAGUAUGCCGCCGCUGUGAGCAAGCCCUCCAGCUGGAUGCGUUCGCGCAUGAGCAAUGGGAACAAGUCAGGGUCAAUAUGCCAGCUUUAUGCGUCGCGUGCAAGAAAGGCCAAGAGAUGAAACACAAGCGCAAGCUCAAUGCUAACAGCCAAGUGAUCUACAUGUGCACCGGCUGUAACCAAAACCACUUGGCAGCUGCCUUUCCACGAGCACAGCUGCUGCAAGCACAUGCCGAAACGCAACGGCAAUGUUUAAAGUGUUUGCAAGUACAGAGGACUGAGAUGCGAUGUUGCCGGUGCUCAACAGCAAAGCACUCCGAGAGUUUCCGCCCCAAAUGGUCACCAUGCCUCUGGAUGGCAUCGUGUGCUUGCAGUGCCAAGAUGAAUUGCAGCCGCCAACGCGCAAGCUUGUGGGGGAUGGCUACUUCGCUUGUCAAAAUUUGCGCCAACAUUUACCCCGAUGUAGUCGGCAAGGGCCAGGGCCAGGGCCGCAGUUGCAUGAACUGUCCAACCCGGGAACGCAGAAAAGUCGGGGAGCAGACCUGCCGCAAAGCUGCCUGCAAGAGAAAGUGGAUCGAGGAGGAGCAUCCUGAGGAUGGCAAGAGGCCACCGCGAUAUUGCCCGGCUUGCCGCCAAUAA